AUGAUGAUGAUGGCCCCCCAACCUUUGAGUGGACCACAAUCAUCAAAAAGUCUUUGGUUGCCUCCACUCCAAAGCCUGUGGAGGAGACGAAAACCUCGCUCCUCACUGCACCCAAGUCUCCCGAGGAUGACGAUGCCUGGAUCGACAAGCUAGCACAGAUGGACCUCACCAACGACAGUCCAAGCCCUCUGUUCGUCAUGAUCUUACCAGCCGAGGAAGAUGGAUGCUAUUUUGUGGUGGUUUGCCAGCGCUAUCUUCCUCUUGCAAUGAACGUGCUCGACAACCUGCCGUCCUUUCUUCAGUUUCACCUCGGCGAGUCGUCGUUCCCCAAUUUCAUCCGCGUCAUCAAGAACUGGUCAGCUACCGACCUUGCCUACCAGAAGCGCAAGCUUCACAUUGAAUGGGUCCCGUCUGAACUUCGCUCCCGCUGUGUUGACGAUCCCACCAACGAACAAGGUCCUCAAGUCCGUGACCCAAUGGACUUCCUUCUCUGCAUGGAAGACCCUGUAGAGAUUCUCGAGGGCACCCUCCACAUCGACAUCCAGGCCAAACAUGUUCGGGACGUGGACGAUGGCCUAUCCGUGAUUGGUUACCUCGAUGACUGGAACGAAAACCAGGCCCAACUCCAGACCGCUCUUCAGACUAUUGAGACUAUCACUGACGAGAGGAACAGUUUGAACCGGGACCUACAGUCUGUUCGUGACGAAUUGGAGGCAAUGAAGGCCGCCCAAGAGGCAGCUGCUGCUAUGUCAGAGUUGGCUACAGACGUUAGGCCCAUUCUGAUGCUUACAGUGGACGUCCCUACAGGUCCACCGGGCCAAACACGCGUCAGCACUACUACACUCCUCAGUCCCUCGGCUCGUACCAUUGCUUCACCAGCGACGGCUCAAGAAACGGACGGAGAAGAUGGGGAGGACCCACCCAAUGCGUCCUCUCCUAUGGACACCGGUCGUGGGGGUAUCAGUACCCCCACGACGGGUCCAUGA